AGAAAGACAUAGGGGGGGAGAGGAUGAAGAUUUCAUUUUUCUUUUUUCCCCUUCUUUUUUUUCCUCCUCUUCUUUUAACCCACCGCUCCCCCCUUCCAGCCGACCAUCGUUUUUUCAGCUGAACCCAGCAUCUAUCAGCAGCGUCACAUCGUGGUGAUCCGGACCGGGAGCGUCUCUAGAACCAUGCCUCUCCUGCAGAUCUGGACCGGGAGAUUUCAGCCUCCGAUGUGAUCGUCAGGAGGCUGCUGCUCAGUCAUUCAUGUGCUCAGUCUCUCUCUCUCUCCCUCUCUCUUGUUUUUCUUUUUUUUUCUUUUUUUUCCCUAAAGGAGGACUUGUCAUCACUUUUAAAAGUAUAGUGUAGGCUGUUUUUUUUUUUCCUUUUUUUCCUCCUUUUUUUUUAAUUUGAGCAAGAUGUCUGAUCUUCUGGUGUUGGUCGAGGGGCUCUGUGACCUGCACGGGUUUCCAUAGCUGAGGGGGACGAAAAACAGCAGGAAUCAAACACCUGAUUUUUAUUUUUUUUAUAAACAUAUUUUUCUCAGAUCAUGAAGAGUCAUGAAGAAAUCGCAUGCGUCAAUGUAGGGCAGCUUGUUCGACCAUUUUAAAAGGCAAUUAUUGUUUUGAUUGCCCUUUUUUAUAUAUUUCUUCUUUGAUUUUUAUAUUUUUUUUACAUUUAUUUUGUGAACCUUCCGGAGGACCACUGGACUGGUUGGAUUAUAGGGGCUCUACCUAUCAGGAUUUGUGGAGAUGUUGGGUCGUCAAGAAGAAAAAUUAUGUGGAUUUUUCUCAGCUUUGUCCUUCAUAUGCUUUGUUCAAAGCUCCUCACCCGGAAGCACCGGCAUGUCUGUGGCCAAGACUACCGUGGACAAGUUGCUGAAGGGAUAUGACAUCCGUUUAAGGCCUGAUUUUGGAGGUCGUCCAGUCGUCGUAGGGAUGAGCAUCAACAUAGCCAGUAUCGAUUCCAUCUCCGAAGUAAACAUGGACUACACUAUCACAAUGUAUUUCCAGCAGAGCUGGAGAGACAAGCGUUUGGCCUAUGGUGAGCUGAACCUAAACCUGACUUUGGACAACCGUGUAGCAGACCAACUCUGGCUCCCUGACACCUACUUCCUUAAUGACAAGAAGUCCUUUCUUCAUGGUGUGACGGUGAAGAACCGUAUGGUCCGACUACAUCCCGAUGGCACCGUCCUUUACGGGUUGAGAAUAACAACCACCGCUGCCUGCAUGAUGGACUUACGGAGGUAUCCUCUGGAUGAACAGAACUGCACUCUGGAAAUCGAAAGCUAUGGUUACACCACAGAUGACAUCGUGUUCUUCUGGCAAGGAAAUGACAGCGCUGUCACUGGCGUCGACAAGUUGGAGUUACCUCAGUUCUCCAUUGUCGAGCUCCACUUAAUGUCCAGAGAGGUCAGGUUUACCACAGGUUCAUAUCCAAGGCUCUCGCUGAGCUUCAGGAUUAAAAGAAACAUUGGAUAUUUCAUCUUGCAGACAUACAUGCCCUCCAUCUUGAUCACCAUCCUCUCCUGGGUCUCCUUCUGGAUCAAUUAUGAUGCCUCUGCAGCUCGCGUGGCCCUGGGUGUGACAACGGUGCUUACCAUGACCACGAUCAACACCCACCUUAGGGAGACUCUCCCAAAGAUUCCUUAUGUGAAAGCCAUCGACGUCUACCUCAUGGGCUGUUUCGUGUUCGUGUUCCUGGCCCUGCUUGAAUAUGCCUUCGUAAAUUACGUGUUCUUUGGCCGGGGCCCUGCGCAACAGAAGAAAAUCAAUGAGAGGCUGAACAAAGUCAACAACGAGCGUGGGAGAUACGAGGAGAAGCGCCUGAGGGAACAGGACUCCAUUUCCGUGCCGUUUCAAACCAACACCUUCAGGUCAUUUACACAGCGAAGAAAUCUGUAUCUCGAAGAACAAAGAAAAGUUGGGGUGGAUGCUUAUGGAAAUAUCCUUCUCACAACGCUGGACAUGAACAACGAGGUGAUGCCUUCUGACGUGGGCAGCAGCGUCAGUGACUCUCGCAACUCUGUCAUGUCCUUCGACAGCUCCGGGGUGCAGUUUAGGAAGCCCAUGGCGCCCCGGGACGGCUACAGCCACCAUUCGCUGGACCGGAGCGCAAUGCGAAACCGGGCUAACUGUCGGCUACGACGACGCUCCUCCAAGCUCAAGUUGAAAAUCCCCAACCUGUCAGAUGUUAGCACCAUCGACAAGUGGUCCCGAGUCAUUUUCCCCAUCACCUUUGGAUUUUUCAACCUAAUCUACUGGUUGUACUAUGUGAAUUGAUGUGCAUCCCACUAGGAAUCAUGGGCCAUAUUUUGAGGGCACAUUAAAUUGGCUUUGAUACAGUUCCAAAAUAUGUAUACACAUAUACAAGUUGAACAUAUGUAUAUGCAUAUUUCUAUAUAUUAUAUUUAUAUAUCCACAUGUGAAAUCUGAAGGACCUUCUGCUGUACAAAGUAUUACUAGGAUGACUUGAAUGUUUAGGAAUACUUGUGCAAGAAGAAUUUCAAGGCUUUGAGUUUCCUUUUUCCUCCUGAAACAAACAAAACAUCCCACCAGGGGUUUUUGGAACUAAAGACUGCAUGAUAUUUUUGCUAAAAAAAGAAUAAAUAAAACAAAAUAAUAAGAAAAAGGGAAAAAAGAGAAUGAAAGCUCUUGAGAAAGAAAGAAGAAAGCAAAGGUGUCUCAGAGUUCCAUUGACUUUUUAUUGAUACUUGUACUCAGAAAUCCUCUUCUGCAGCUCAAGAAAUCAGUGGUGGAUUGUCGGUUCAAGCAUUGGCUGAGCAAGGUCCUUGGCACCACCGUAGACCCCCAUCCCCAGUCCCACCCUUGCAGAUGUCACCUAAUGUCCCCACCCGGCACCCCUCAACCCACUCUCUGCUAUCACCCAUGGGAUAACAUGCACGGAAAUUGGUUCUGCUCUGUACAGCUUUGUUUGGAUUCUGUGUCGUCACUCGGGUUUAUUUAGGUGAUAAUGUUCUCUUUAUCAGACAUCAGCUCCGGCCUAGUGGUGUCCAUCAAAGGGGCCAUAUGGAUCCAAUGUUUGACAGCUGCAUUCCCACCCAGAGUUGAACUUGUAUUCCUUUCUCAUUUUAAUUUUUAGGCACAUAUCCAGGGGGUGGGGGUGGGUUCUUUGGGUUCUCUUUUUUUCAUUAUGGUUAAAAACAAAUACUGAUUAUUGUAGAUAUGAUUUUGUCUUGAAAAAUACUGUGAUUUCAGAGAGUGUCCAAACAUGUUCUAGUGCUAGGGCAUUAUGAGAUAAAGGGUACACAUUGCUGAUUUUGAUUGUUUAGAAAAAAAGAGAAAAUAUUACAUAUUAUGUACAUUUUAGCAUUCUGUAAUCUCAUGAAAGUAUACUUGUGCUGUUUCUUUCCUCCUAAUGGUUGAUUCACACGUUCUCUUUACACGCAGGGCUCAUUGACAUCCAAUCCUGCUUUCGUGUUUGCCAAACGGAAAUGCGGGGGAGGGAGGGUUGCUUUUGUUGUUCGUUCGAAAGUAUUCCUCAGUGAAGCUGUGAAAACAUGUAUAUUCAAAAAGAAAAGAAAAAAAA